GAGGUCGAUAUCUUCCCGCGGAGCAUUUCUAGAAUCCACUCGAUAGGCUGAAGAAGGUUUGUUGCAUUCUCAAAAACGAUGGCUUCAAUCUCAGCCGUCGGAGCACUUUCGAAGCAUUUUCCGGCGAAGUCGGUUGCAGUGAGUCCGCCACCGCAUGCAUUUUCCAGCCGCCGCAUAGUUUGUCGGAGUUCCAUAGUGGAGUUGUCAACAUCUUCUGCGAGUAAUGGAAAUUUGGAGCAUACGCCGCUGAUUGACCGGAGACGGAUAGUGUUAUCCUCGGUUGGAUUAUUGGCGGCGGCAAUUUUAAGCAGCCAACGAAGUGAAGCUUCCGAUUCAUCCAAAUUUGCUGAUAUGCCAGCACUGCGGGGAAAGGAUUAUGGCAAGACAAAGAUGCGGUAUCCUGAUUAUACUGAAACUAAUUCCGGUCUCCAGUAUAAGGACUUACGAGUAGGAACCGGCCCCACUCCAAAUACCGGUGAAACUGUAGUGAUUGAUUGGGAUGGCUACACAAUCGGAUAUUAUGGCCGGAUUUUCGAAGCUCGCAACAAGACAAAGGGCGGCUCCUUUGUGGGCGAGGAUAAAGAUUUCUACAAGUUCAGAUUAGGAUCACAAGAGGUUAUACCUGCUUUCGAGGAGGCUGUAUCGGGCAUGGCUCUUGGUGGCGUAAGAAGGAUUAUUGUCCCUCCGGAACUAGGAUACCCGGAGAACGACUACAACAAGAAAGGUCCAAGGCCAACUACGUUUUCGGGGCAAAGGGCUCUGGAUUUUGUAUUGAGGAACCAGGGUUUGAUCGAUAAAACUCUUCUGUUUGAUAUUGAGCUUCUCAAGAUUGUACCAAAUGGGAAGUCUACCUAACCUACCCUACCCUACCCUACCCUACCUCUCAUGAGAUAUUCAAAUCCCUCUUCAAACUGUAACUGCUGGUUGUCUUGUUGCAAGGGGUUGCUAGUUUGUUGAAAUUGCAGCUGAGUUUAGGUAGUAUAUAUAUAGGUGAAGAGUAAUUUUGAUAAGAAAUUUUAUAAUAUGUAGAUAUAUAGAAAUUGUGAAAAUAAAUAAAUAAAUAAUAACUUGUAUAACUAGUACGUAAAGAAACAUAUGCAACACGUCACACGUCUGUAAACAUACUCAUGUAUUAUCUUUCUUUAAAAUUUGGCAUCAAUAACGUGAAAUGUAUUAUGUUC